AUGGACCGCAGCUUUCUAAGUCCUCCUGCCCGCGGACAGCCUCGUGUGGACCAUCUCCCCCCGCGGUGUGAGGCUCCUGACGGACGCAAACCGGGUGAUGCUCUUCCCCCCCAGUCUCCGCUCCUCGACGCGUUCAGUCCCACAGAGAUGAGCGCGCCUGUCGCUUCCACUCCGGCAUCUGUGCGCACGGGGAGGCUCUGCGUCACGGGAGUGGGCGGGGGUGCGCGUCUUCGUCACUUCUUACAGAGGGAGGACUGGGUCCGGAGGGAAGCGCUCCUCCUGCCGGGGAGAGGAGGGAGGGGUUUAGAGAAGAGGAACAUCUUGUAUUUCAGAGUUUCUGUUGUGUCUCAUGGGUCUAAACAGUCUUUUGUAGUCAGUGGAGCCACACUGAGGCUGACGUGGAGCCUUUAG